AUGCCACCCCCACCCCCACCACCUCCCCCGCCGAUGAUGGGAGGGCCACCACCUCCUCCUCCUCCGCCGGGGAAUAUGCCUUCGCGACCUCCUGCUGGCAACAGGGGUGCUCUCCUCUCCGAUAUUACGAAGGGAAAACAACUUAAGAAAGCUGUCACAAACGAUCGAUCCGCGCCGAUUGUUGCUAAACCCGCUGGAGGGUCUGGGCCGUCACCAUUAGCAGGCGCUCCUGCAGUGCCAGGAAUGGCGAAAGCUCCUGGAGGUCUGGCACCUCCAGUGCCUGGGAACCGAAUGAGGAGUAACAGCGAUCAGGGCAGUAGAGAUGGAGGGGCCGCUCCUGUGAUAGAACAGCCACCACAAUUAGGGGGGCUCUUCGCCGGUGGAAUGCCGAAACUUAAGAAGCGCGGUGGUGGUAUUGAUACGGGAGCAAACCGAGACUCGUCAUAUACUUCAGAUCCAGAAUCAUCACGAAGUUCUGCGCCGAAACCACCCGCCAUAGCUGCACCAAGGCCACCAACAGCUGCCCCUCCUAGACCUGGACCACAAAAUGCAGCAUCAGCAUCAGCGUUAUCUUUCAUUCCUUCAGUCGCGAAUUUACGGAAAACUGGUGCAGGCGGUGCUCCAAGACCAAUGUCUUCCGCUUCUAUGAAGGGUCCUCCUCCGCCCAUAGGAAAGAAGCCUCCCGCUCCUCCAGGUAUGCGGAAACCUUCAGCUCCUCCCCCUCCGCCAUCCUCAGCACCUCCUCCUCCGUCUGCAGCACCACCCCCCCCAUCCUCAGUUCCUCCUCCUCCUGGUGCUCCUCCUCCAUCGGCGCCUCGGCCACCUAUGGCCCCCCCACCGCGCACUCAAGCACCACCACCACCUCCGCCGCCAACUUCCCCUCCUCAUACGAACGGAGCUGGUCAGAAUCUUGCUAUGCAAGCAGCCAUCCGUGCAGCAAGUCAAGCAUCCCCAGCUAUAGCGCCACCUCCACCUCCUCCGCCUUCCAAUGGCCCAUCCUCUCAUUCUUCAUUCCGUGCCCCUUCACCUCCAUCAUCCGCCCCUCCUCCACCAAGCGGUAGAGCCCCAGCCCCGCAACCCAUGAGAUCAAUGUUGGAUCCAAGCUCGUAUACCCUCUCUACGAAUGGUGGGCAGCUGAAGAGUCCCAGCCCAAUUCGGGAUUCUCACCAGACGAGAAUAGUUAUAAGCGACCCAAGGUGGAAAUUCCAGGAUGAAUCACUGCUACCUAAACCAAGAAAUUUCAUUGGAGGACCUAAGAAGUACCGAGCAGGUCGAGGAAGCAGUGUGCCAUUAGAUCUAAGCGUGUUUCAAUGA